UAUAUUUAUUACUCGUAAUUACAAAGACAAUUUGACACAUCAUAUGAAUGUGUGUGCAUAUGAAUGGAUAUGUCCAGACCGAAGUAAUAAAGGUCCACAUAUUAUUCGUGUCGUGUUAACCGUUACAGUGUGCCCGAUUCGAGCGUCAGACUGGUUCGCGGAUAGUCGGUAAAAGCGGCGCGGGAGUAGGCGGCCGGCAGUCAGCGCAUAGGAGAUCUCUCAGCCGCACGCAUCAUGUUCCUUAUAGUAGCGUGUUUGCUCGCGACUGCGGCCGCUGCGCCGGCCACGUACGACCAACGACAGGAGGGAGAUUUCAACCUCAGGGCUGACGUAGAAAAUGUUCUUUUCGUUGUCGCCAUUCCACAAAAAGUUAAUAUUCCACUUGAUCUUCUUGAAGAUUUUAUGAAAACUAGUAAACGACAUGUGAACCAGCCUCAGAUACAAGAAAGAGCGGAUGUUCAACUUAUGGAAGCAUUUGUAGAGCCGAGCACACCGUACCAAGUAGAAAUCGGAUCUGGCAGUCGAAACGCAGAAGGUGAUGGGAGAGCAGUGGAAGUAGUCAUCGCUGGCAGACGUCGCCUGGAUCCUGAGGCUCACCCUGAGAAAGAUGAACUGAAACUCCUGGGCGCGACCGAGCAAUGUGGACCGGACAGGGAGCGCGAUCCCGUCACCCUCACCUGCCGGAUGCGAUCACAACCUGAGCCUGGUGCGGAAGUCGAGGCCGAGGAGAACAAGGAAGAUGACUCAAUCCCAUCACAACCCACGCCCGAAGUGAUUCCGUCGUAAUUAUAGACCAUUGCCUCUUACCGUAUAAGUUAAUUUAUUUCUAACUUCUAUAAUUGCGCAAUUAUAGCUUGUGAUUAAAUUAUUUAAUGUGUACAAUACUUUAAUUAUAUAGUAAAAAAUUGAGACUUAA